UUUUGAAAUGUUUUGAAGCAGAAUUUACACAACUUGAUAUAAUCCAAGACUGCGGAAAAGUCUGCCAAGUCAAUCGCCUCACGAUCGGGGAUCGACAAGCCAGGUCUGGAGCAGCCGCGUCGCUCCGAGGGCGCUCUGUUUGACAGUCAUGGAAGUGAGGAGCAGCGGCUUGCCUCAACUUUCCCUGAGACAAGAUUAGCUUUGUUUGGGAACAAAUGCUCUGCAAGGUUAAGGAUUAUCCAUCUCAGUGUGCACAAUGGCGUCUGUUAUGGAGGACCCCGCCCUCGAGAGACACUUCAAGGGGCACAAAGAUGCUGUUACCUGUGCAGACUUCAACCCCAACUGCAAACAGCUGGCCACAGGGUCUGCGGAUAAGAGCCUGAUGAUCUGGAACCUGGCUACCAAGGCCAGGGCGCUGCGCUUUGUGGGUCACCAAGACAUCAUCACUGGGGUGCAGUUCUCCCCUUUUGGUGACCUGGUGGCCACUUGCUCCAAAGACAGGACAGUCCGACUGUGGACGCCUUGCUUGAAAGGAGAGUCAGCCGUGUUCAAAGCACACACGGCGACCGUUCGCAGCGUCUGUUUCUCCCAUGAUGGCCAGAGACUGGUGACAGCAUCCGACGACAAGUCCGUCAAAGUGUGGAGCGUUCACCGGCAGCGCUUCAUCUACUCUCUCAACCAGCACACUAACUGGGUGCGCUGUGCCAGGUUUUCUCCUGAUGGACGGAUCAUUGCCUCUUGUGGCGAUGACCGCACCGUCCGGCUGUGGGACACGUCCACCAGACAGUGUAUCAACUGUUUGACAGAGUAUACAGGAUCAGCAACGUUUGUUGAUUUCAACGCAAAUGGCACCUGUAUUGCUUCCUCUGGAGACGACAGCUCGUUGAAAAUCUGGGAUCUACGGACCAACAAGUUAAUUCAACAUUAUCAAGUCCACAGUGCGGGGAUCAACUGCUUUUCCUUCCAUCCGUCCAACAACUACCUGAUCAGCGCCUCCAGCGACAGCACUGUGAAGAUUCUGGACCUGCUGGAGGGACGCCUUAUCUACACCCUACAUGGACACAAGGGUUCUGUACUGACAGUGGCCUUUUCAAGAGCUGGCGAACUUUUCGCCUCAGGAGGAGCUGACGGUCAGGUACUAAUGUGGAGGACCAACUUUGACACCAAGUCUUACCAGGAUGUCCUGCGCCAGCACAGUCGGAGGUCCAGCCCCGACCCACCACCCCACCUGACUGACAUCCACCCUCGAGGACCCCACCUUCACCUCCCACAGCCAUCCACCAUAGAGAUCAGUCCGACAGUGGCCGAUACCAGGUCUAUCGACCCUCAUGUCAUCGAGCUAGGCCAAGCUGUUUACAAUACCAUGCUCUUAAACGGUCGGAGACGCUUGUCGCCAGCACAGGCAGCCACCCACAGUCGCCACUCCAACAGCCUGCCAGCAGGUCAAGUUGCCAGUUCAAGACUAGAAGCAUGGAAGGAGCAUGAACGUGCCAACGGGGCAAGUUUGACUGCAGGGAGCCAAGCUGGGGCCGGUGGUGGAGGAAGAGGAAGGAGGAGGGAGGAGGUGGAGGAGUAUGACGAGGAGGAGGAGGAGAGAGGGCAGACAUACCCACUGCAGGUUCUCUCUGGUUAUCCAGUGGCCCUGGACACCACCCUGCAGCACAUUGUUCAACAGCUGGAUAUUCUCACACAGACAGUGGCGGUGCUGGAGGAACGCCUCACACUGACAGAAGACAAGCUGAAGGACUGCCUCGUCCACCAGUCGCAGGUUUUGAAGGACGUGCGAGCAUCAGAAGAGAGGGGGAGGAGGGAGAGAGGGCGGAAGAACGCCUCUCCUGCCCGUUUCACUUAAAGACGACCUCGGCCCGCCCCUCCCAGUCCUCCUGCUUACACAAGAACACUGGACUUUGUGUGUGUGUGUGUGUGUGUGUGUGUGUGUGUGUGUGUGCACGUGUGUGUGUGUGUGUGUGCGCGUGCUUCUGAAUCUCCACCUUGGUGGUCUCUCUCAGGGGUCAGUGGCUUAAUCAGGAUUGGGGCGUGGUCAGAGAGUGUGUGUGUGUGUGUGUGUGUGUGUGUGUGUGUGUGUGUGUGUGUGUGUGUGUGCAUUUGUAUGUAACUCCAAAAUAUUUCCUGCCUGUCUCUCUGCACUUCUUAAGGAUAUCCAGCUGUACAGCCAAGCACAGUCUGUCUGGGACAUUCCGUGUGUUUGCGCCUGUGUGUGUGUGUGUGUGUGUGUGUGUGUGCGUGCGUUUGUGUGUGUUGACGGGGAUGUAACAUCCACCCAGGACAGCUGCAGCUAUGAAAACAAGAUGUUGUUUGGCUGCUGUAUGACCUGCGUGUAUGUGUGUGUGUGUGUAUGCGGGUGCGGGUGCGUGCAUGUGAGACGGAGAGAGAAAUUGUGUGUCUCUGUGUGUGUGUGUGUGUACGUACUUGUGGAUCAGCAUUUUAGUUAUUACAGCUCGUGUUAUUGCGCAUCUUUGCAUAAUGCCAUUUAAUUUUUAAAACCAAGCUGUGCUGCAUAUAAAUUAUAUUCAUUCGAAAUAAAUGGUAUAUUGCACUAA